AUGCUCCCCAGAUUACCCGCCGCCUCCUUGAGAGCCCCCUCCCGCACCCUCUCCACCACCUGUGCCCGCCCAGCGGCGGCGGCUGCCUCCCUCAAACCUCCCCGCAUCACCACCUCCCCUUCACGAGUCUACACUCCCAGAAAAACGUACCUCUGGAACCUCUACUCCAAUAUCCUCCACAAAUCCCCCCUACUGCUUGUAUUCGACCAUGCCAACCUCACCGCUGCUGAAUGGUCGCAGCUUCGGCGGGGAGUUAACGCUAUCAAGCGCCCCGUCAAGCCUUGGGAUCCUUCUCUGAGCGGAGAAGAGCAGGCGGAGAGGACAGAGAUUGAUACCGCGAAACUGCAGGUAGUGAGGUCGGGCGUGUUCCAGGCGGUGUCUGGCUCGUCAUCUUCACCCAUCAUGCCCCACCUCGCGGGCCAGAGGGCGGUGCUCACGUGCACAUCCCUCUCUCCCACAUACCUCGCCAAAAUCCUCUCCUCUCUCUCCCGAACGAUCAAAUCACUCAAGCGAGAGAACGCCGAAGGUGCCCAGCCCACGCUCAACUUGGUUGCGGGCCUGGUGGAGGGACACAAGGUGAUGAACCAGAAGGAGCUGGAAGAGCUGGGCAAGCUGCCCGAGCUCGAUGUGUUGAGGGCGCAGGUUGUGGGGAUGUUGGAAGGACAGGGGAGGAGCCUGGUUGGUGUGCUUGGACAGGCGGCUGGUGGAAGUCUAGUUAGGACGUUGCAGGGAUUAGAAAAGGACUUGGAGGCGAAGGAGAAGCCUGAGGAGGCUAGCGCUUAG